CUGUAUAUAUCACUAUCAGAAAUAAAAGUUGAUGGAGAAACGUGUACAGUAUUACAGUGUUAGCCAAUUAUAAGAACAAGGGGAACAUCAUAAAUUCACAUCAUUGAGCGACUAAUGUUAUGCUAGGCCAACUACUAAACUACGAAAAAUGUGACUGAAACCAAAGGGUGACCGUUUCUUUGUGAAAUUUUUAAAGAACCGAAAAUGCAAAAAAUGUUAUUAUUAUUAUUAUUAUUAUUAUUAUUAUUAUUAUUAUUAUUAUUAUUAUUAUUAUUAUUAUUGUUAUUAUGCCUAUGUAUUUUUUUAUCACUUGAAAAUAUGUCCCUACAUGCGUAUAAUGCGCAGAGAGGUACAAUGUUUUAUUUAAAUACUAAGCGCCGUUAGUGAUAGAACUGUACAUAUUAAACAUAAUUAAUAAUAAGAAUAAUACUAAUAGAAAAGUCGCAACAAGUAACAUUUCAAAUAAGCAUUUUAAGAAUAUCUUCCCCCUUGCAAAUGCAUAUAUGUGCAUUUGACAUAGUUUCAAAGCAUGUCUGUUUUGUGGCUCUCCCGGUGCGUUUUAAUUGCACUCUGAUCUUAUUUUCAUCACCUGAAUUCCCAGUUCGUUUCCCACCAGCACUAACACGCCUCGCUCGAUCACCAACUAGCCUUGUAAAUUAAUGCUCUUUCUCUGGGGUUAUUUGCCCUAAGAGAAGGGAACGGUUUACAAUAGAUAUUUCCAGUCCACAAAGGGAUGCUCACAUGCAUGAGGGUUAGCUUCAAAGAAAACAUGCACUAUUUUUUUUUUUUUAAUACAAGUUAAUGGUAGGCUACUGUUCACUAUUAUGUAUUACUGUGAACAUAUAAGGUGUUAUAAACGUCUUUUUAGAAAGUGGUUCCCAAAUAGGCGACGGAAGCCUAAACACUGAGUUUAAGAUAAACAAAUAGAAAGACAGCGACUGAGUUCUAAAUGGAUAUAUAGUUCAAUACUAACACAAUGUAUGCGUGAAAAACAGGCCUACUGUGCAAAAAAAGGUUCUACCAAUAAUAAUUAGGAUCUGAAGUUAAGAAAUGUAAAUACUAAAUGUCCUGGCAACCGUUUCCUUUCUUUUGGUCCAUUGUAAUGUCCUUCAGGAUUUUGUAAAAUGAUGCCACCACCUCGACGAAAUCCUGCUAAUGGUUUCAUUACCAACUUAAUGAUCACUUGACACUUGCAAUGAUCCGUUAGAAGUUUUUUGGAGCGUUCUCAGCCACCGCACUGUGUGAAUUUGCUCAGUUUGUAAUUUUACACUGCAUCGCAGCUGGGACAGAUCUGUAACGGUGCAAUUUGUCUCGACCAUAAAAAUGAGCAAACCUUGGAAAGCUGAGAAAAAGCAUUGCUUUACUGUUUGGUUUGAAAAAAGAUCAGGUCACAGCAGCAGUUAAAUCUUACAAAUAUAUAUUUUAUGGGGGUGCAUUCCCUUUUAUUUAGGCAAUAUAUGAUUAUAUUGCAUAGCACGUUUUUAUCAUAAACUUCUUAAGAUGAGGAAUUAAAUAACCGAUACCUUCAAAUGUCUGGAUCAAUCCAAAAAGUUAUACAUCUAAUAAUGCAUAUUUUAAUUCAAUAAGAAUAAUUAUUAUCCACGUGCGGUUAUUAUUUUAUGUAGCUACAUCAUUUAAAAAAGCAUACCAAUGGUGAUUUAAGUUUAAAAAAACAACAACUUAACAUCAAAUAAAAUCCUACACUAUGGGUGAAAAAUGUAUUUGUUAAAAAAACCAAAAAAAAAAACCCAUAAAUGUUCUCAAUGUUAUUCAUUGCAAUCAAAAAGAAAGAUUAGACUAUUUGAUAUAUUAAAUAAAUAAAUGAUUUCAAACAGAUAGAUUGUCUGAAAAUACAGAUGUGAGAACAAAAACAGCAGGGUGCGUGAUCUUAAAACUGGGAGGGGGAAUUUUCUCAUCCUUCAAGUGGGCGAUGGGAUAUGCUAAUUAACAGCUGGCCAAUGUGGGCUAGCUACUCCAGCCUUGGAUAUAUAAGAGGCCCCUUGGCUGCAGCAAAGACACUUCACUCAAUUACCUAACUUAUUUAGAACUUUCCUGCUGGCUUCGCACUGAAAGAUUUUUCACAGCCUUCAUCUUAGAGCAAGCCUGUGAAGAAACUCCAGAAGUUUUCUACCUACAGCAACCAGCAAUGGAAAUCUCAGACAGCUGCCACUUUUCCCCAACUCAGUUGUUUCAUGAUAGUUCUUGCAUCCCUUCCCCAGAGGGCUCAGAGUUCAUAGAUGACUUUGAGCACAGGCUGGCCGGUUUGGAGGACCUUCAAGGGUCCGACGAGGAUGAGCAUGUGAGAGCCCCCAGUGGCCACCACCAAGCUGGCCAUUGCCUGAUGUGGGCUUGCAAAGCGUGCAAGAGGAAGUCAAGCACAGUGGACCGGAGAAAGGCAGCUACCAUGCGGGAGAGGAGGAGGCUCAAGAAGGUGAACCAGGCGUUUGAGAACCUCAGGAGGUGUACCUCUGCUAACCCCAACCAGAGGCUGCCCAAGGUGGAGAUCCUGCGCAACGCUAUCCACUACAUUGAGAGUCUCCAGGAUGUCCUGAGAGAGCAGGUGGAGAACUACUACAGCCUGCCUGGACAGAGCAGCUCUGAGCCAGGCAGCCCGAAUUCCAACUGUUCUGAUGGAAUGGAGUGCAACAGCCCCGUUUGGUCACACAGAAACAGCUGCUACAGCCACGAGUUACAGAAUGUGUUCCCCAGUGAGAGAGGCCCUGCUGUGUCCAGUUUGGAAUGCUUAACAAGUAUAGUGGACCGCCUUUCCUCAUCCAAUCAAUGUGGUUUGGCUGUGCGAGACAGCAGCAGUGCCCUAUCACCUAACAGCACUGACUCUCUACCCAGCACUCCAGGAACGCCGCCCACAAAACCUGUUUACCAUGUGCUGUGAACCACUGACAGCCCCUCUAACAGACAUUAAUAUAUUAAAUAAAGAGGCCAAGAACAUCAAGAAUGCAGACUUUAUAUACUGGAUAUAGG